AUGUCUGAAUUGAAGAUCAAGAACCUUUUGGAGUGGGGUAAAACACAUAAUUGUAUCAUCCCCGAUGGUAUCUCUUUUAAUUUCGAUCCUAGUCGAGGCAUCUAUUGCAUAGCAGAUGUUAAUGAUCUCAAUAAAGCUAAGAACGUAAAGUUUGAAUUACCAAAUGAAUUAAUCAUUAGAGAUAAAUUGUCGCUUGAUGUCUUCGGACAUUCCGGUACUAGCUGGUUGAAAUGUUUAUUAGCAAGAUUGAAAUUUGACAAGCGAUCAAAAGACAGGAAAAUAGCCAUGCUUCAAGAUCGGUUCCAACAUUACAUUAAUGCGUUACCUACUGUCGUAGAUUCACCAUUAGUUUGGAACCUCGAUGAAUUAAAUUUACUUGAGGGGACAAAUUUAGGUAAUUCGAUUGCUGAUAAAUUUAAAGCAAUCUUUAAAGAAUGGCAAUCUCUUAUUGAAACACUUACCGUUGAAUCACAAGAUUAUGUAUUCACAGAUUGUGAAAAAUUGUUAAUGACAACAAUUGAUGAUUAUGAUAAAAAGAAAGUCUAUGAUAAUGUAAUUCAAGAGACAAUCGACGGUAAUAACAUUCAGUGGUACUCAUUUGGUGCCUAUUUAUGGUCUCAUCUGAUUUUUACAUCUAGAGCCUUCCCCGAACGUAUCAUUAACCCAAAAUGUAGUGAAUCAAGUGUUAUGCUAUUACCUAUAAUUGAUUUAUUAAACCAUGGUAAUCAUGUGAAAGUUGAAUGGUCGACCGACACCGAAGGUUCAUUCUGUUAUACAAACCUGGAACAAGAUAUUCAAAUGGGUGCUGAAUUAUUGAAUAAUUAUGGUGCAAAGAGUAACGAGGAAUUGUUAUUUGGUUAUGGUUUUACUUUGGAUGGAAAUGAGCUGGAUUCUGUCAUGUUAAAAAUUCAAUUACCUUUAGACACCAUCUCUAAUAUCUUAGAAAAGGAACCUACAUUAAAGUUGCCACUUAUUGAAGAUUAUACAACAUUUGCAUUCGAAACGAAAAUUACGGGUACAACUAAUCCUACGCUAAAAACAGACAGAGUUGCUUCAGAUUAUUCCAAUGGUAUAUUAUAUUUGUUGAACAAAAUUGAUACCAUGGCUUGCUUAGCUCCAAUUAUUGAACUAUUUGGAUUUCUUGUUGCCAGGAAUGGAGCAGAGAGCCCUAAGAGCAUCAGAGCUCAAUUUGAUGCCGUACAAUCACUCAAAAAUGCACUUCAUCAAAAGUCUAUAAAUAUAGUUCAUACUGAAAAUAGAAAUAUUAAUGAAUCUACUGAAUAUAUCAUUAGUGAUUACCGUAGAAAAUGUGCUGCGAUAUAUAAGAAUGGACAGAUUGAAGUUUUAAAGAAAUCACUACAAGAAUUGAAAAAGAUAGAGAAAACUAUGUUUUCUGAAUACAAAAAUUCAUUGUUGACAACUGCAAAAGUUUUAAAAUAUGAUGAAUCAUUUUCAGAUGAAAUUACCAAUUUAUUCUGUCAGGAUGAAAUACAGAAGGAUAUAAAUUUUGAUACUAAUUUUGAAAUUUUUGUACUAUGGUUAGUUUGUAAAGUACAUUUCAAUUCUGUUCCAAAAAGAUAUGGAUGGGUUCUCGAACAAUUUAAUAAUUUUAAGUCCAAGUAUGGAGAAUCAGAUAUAUCUGAAGGUGCUGUGGAACUUUAUAUUGAACUGUUUAGCGACGGCGAAGACCCUGAGAGACGUUUAAAGCCUUUCAAUACAGAAACUAAACCGAUUACUUUACAAGAAGUGUCUAUUGCAUAUGACUUUAUUGAGCAUUACUCCUUUGCUAGACUCUCGUUGUCUGGUGACGCACCAGAUACAAUCCUUGUCAAAGGUUAA